GUUUGACAGCGCUUGCGCACAGCCUACGUUUACGUAUGCAGGCGUGCAUGCUUGACUAGAACUAUUAUUCCAAGAUGGUGAAAUUUGGACUGCAAUUCAAAGCCACUUUAGAAAAUGUCACAAAUGUACGACCUGUGGGGGACGACUUCAGGUGGUUUUUAAAGCUUAAGUGUGGAAAUUGCGGGGAGGUCCCAGACAAAUGGCAGUAUGUGAACCUCAUGGAAAGUACACCACUCAAAGGUGGACGAGGAAGUGCAAGUAUGGUCCAGAAAUGCAAGCUUUGUUCACGAGAAAACUCAAUUGAUAUCCUGAAAGACACAAUUACACCAUAUAAUGCAGAGGACAAUGAAACGUUCAAAACCAUGGUGCAGUUUGAAUGUCGAGGAUUGGAGCCAGUGGACUUCCAGCCACAGGCUGGUUUUGCAGCAGAGGGAGCAGAGUCAGGGACACCAUUCCCAGAGGUCAACCUCCUGGAGAAAGAUUGGACAGACUAUGAUGAGAAGGUCAAGGAAUCAGUUGGCAUCUAUGAGGUCACACACAAGUUUGUGAAGUGCUGAACACUGACUUAGUUGGAACUGCAAGCAUCUGUGGAAGUUUCCAUUAAACCAGUGUGGUUUUGGCCUUGGGCGAUGAAGGAGCAGGGAGCAAAAGCAGGAAGAGGGAUCAUUUACAAGAAUUAUCAGUUGAAAUGUGCUGAUGCAAUGUGAUUGAAUCUACAAUAAAGUUGGAGGGAAAAACA